AUGAGCCAAUUUCGCGCUAACGUCAACUUCGAUCUAAAUGAGAUCUCGAUGUUCGACGGCGAGCUUCCAGACCAGUUAUUCCAGUGGGGGCCUCAACAGGACGCGCAGGACUUCGCCGAUGUCUCGAUGGCCGACGCCAACCAGGUCAACAUCAACCAGACCCUCAACCCGGUGAACACCAACAAUGGUGCUCCCUCCAACAUUACCCCGGCCCAGCUCAACGAGCUCAUCAACCAAUUAAACCCCUAUGAGAACGCUCCUCCUCUCCCCGAGGUCAACCCGGCUGAGGUCAACGCGCUUUUGAACCAGCCGGCCGUCAACCAGAACCCUCCUCCCCCUCCCGAGGACAAUAUCACCCCCGCUCAGCUCAACGAAAUGCUGAGCCAAGCCGACCUCAGCAAGGACGUGGUUAUCAGCCCUGAGCUCGUCACCCAGCUUGAGAAGCAGCUGGAAAAAAUUCCUCUUCCUCCCGCCAUCCCCCAGCCUCCUUCCCUGGCCGCUGCUCAGAACGCGAUGCAACUCAGUACCACGAACCCGCAGCCCAUGGUCCAGACUCCAACUCCGGUGCCUGCCCCGGAGAUAUCCUCUUUCGAGGACUCAAAGUCCCGUCAGACUAAGGAGCCCAAGACCCGCAAGAGGUCCAAGUCCAAUGCUCAGAGAACUCCUGCCGAGGAGCCUCCUGCCUCUGCGUCCAAGAACUUUUCGACCAAAAAACAGUCCUUCUCCGGCCGUAGCCACAAGCGCAAGGCUUCCACUGACUCCAACGACGAUGAAACACCUUCGAAGCGCCGUCAGCGUGGCAACGGGAAAGCGAUUCCUACCGGAAGCUCUCCUUCAACUACCUCAACUUCAAAAGCAUCCCCCGCGUUCGCUUCCCCUCGAAGCAUGCUCCUCGCGUCUCCCUUCCGCCCUGCUCGAGGCAACAUGCCUUUCCAGCGCGCUCCUACUCAGGGUACAGCCGUAUUCAACACCCCUUGUUUGCCUCUCGCCCAUACCAACACCAUCCAGCCUGAUCUCUCUGGCACGACACCUUCUCAACCCACUCCGACCCGAUACCUCCGUACUCCCCUCUCCACCAACACUCCUAUGAACCAGCACCAACAAUUCCCAGUCCCCCAAACACCUUCCCCUCCGCAGGCCGGUCAACAACCCGUCGACAUCCCCCAAUCUAUCAAACGCGGCCUCUGCGCCGCCGUCCAAUCCCUCGUCUCUGAAGCCUCCAACCGCGGCACCAUCUUCGACCAGGCCUUGCUCGAAGGCACACAAACCGACUUUGCCUCUGCUGAAACCAGGCACACCGUCAUGGUUACGACCAAGCCACUCGUUGCUGAGAUUCUGUAUACCAACCCAGAAAACGACCGGCAGGCCUACUCGAAGGGCGCGUUCAGGGUGUUCCAGAUGGUCAUGGAGGAGAUGAAGGAUUUUGGCACUGUCUUUGGGCAGUUGCUUAUGGAAGGGCCGGUUGAUGGGGUGAGGGAGAAGGGGAUGAAGCAGGCUUUUGGGCGGGCGUGGCAGGAGUUGAUUAAGGGAUAUCGCGCUCCGGAGGGCACGCCGAGCAGCAGUUCUCUUACUACCCCGACCUCUGGUGCUGUUCAAGAACGGGCUGUACCCAGCGCUCCGGUCGCCGAGCGUCGGGUGAAGAGGAAGCUUCCUUCUAACUCUGAUGAGAUGCUUGCUGUUGAGAAAGCUGCUCGGGAAGAUUUAUCGGAAGCAGAUUCUGACGAUGACUCUGACGACUCUAAGUCCUCUAACGAUGACCGCUCCGAUGACUCUGACAGCGACAAUGAUGACAACGACAACAACAACGAAGGAGCCAACGGCGCCAGUCCUCGUGGCAGCAACAACCAGCGCAGCAAUGGUGGCGGUAGCAGCCCCUCCAACUCGCGCAUGCGCGCCCGCAAGGCUGAUAACCACAAGUCCAGCGAGUCCCAGCCUCCUCGCAAGAGGGUUCGCAAGUCUUCAGUCAGUGAUAGAGCUGACGAAGAAGUUGACAACAACACCCCCAAGAAGUCCCGCCGCAAAGCCAGCCCCAAGAAGGACGGUCAAGAAAACGGCGGCAAGCUUACCCGCGAACAAGUCAAGGACCUCAUUCGGGACCUCAACCUCCACCAAGACAUCCCAAACCUCCCCUCGUACGCUGACAUCCCGCCGCGCGAAGAAGUCGUCAUCGUGAUGGAACCCGAAGAAGAAGGCGCUGAAAUCCCCAAGCCCCACCGCGGUACCGCGAGGAAGAGCAAGGGCAAAAACUCUGGCUCCGGCUCUUCAUCCCCGAGUGGCUGCAACAGCGAGCCCUUCUGCGUGCCCAAGGCACUGUUCUCGUUCAAGGAUUACACCUUUUAUAUGGUCACCGGCAAUGGUGGUCCAGAUGGGGCGGAGAGGAAGUUGUAUAAUUUGGGGAAUGAGGGCACUGAGGCCAUGGGGGACGAGUUCCGGCAGUUUUUGAACACGGUUGAGUAUAACUGGAAGAUUCAAGCCGACCAGAUUCCGGAGAACUUCGAGUGGCGGCAGUGGCUCACGCUGGAACAAAAUUUGGCGAAUCUGUUUACGACGUGCUCUGGGGGGGAUAUGUUCCACCAAUGA